UCUUACCCUCGCUUCUAAAGACAGAUUCGGGAGACCAUGCGAGUUUCGACAAGCUGAGUCGGAGUUCGCUGCGAAAUGCAGCUUUUUUCCAAGGGAUGAGAGAGCACUGCGGCAGUGACGGAGGCUUUUUUGAUUCGCUUAUGGUUUUGUUUCGCAAGCGUGAGCUAGACGCAGACGCGUCUGUUAAACUGCGGACACCAGUGUGCUUUAUUGAGGACGGGAAACUACAGCGAGAGCAGGGUCAUUGGUUAACUGCACAAGAGAGCAGGACGAGAAGCUACACCGAGAGCAGAUCCGUACCUUUGGAUGAAAAAGUGGGUGCAGCCGAAGACUCGUUACUUGCGGCGGUGUUUCCAGCACCUCUCUCAUACGACGCUCUCGACCUGCACACGGUGAUGGAAGACUACGCCUCCGCACGACAAGAAGCGAUGUUGGCCUUUCAGAAAGGUCUGACUGCCAGCAAACGUCCGUCGCUGGCAGCCGACCGGAACGCUAGUGCCAGUAAGAGUAGUCACAUGACGAGGGAGCAUGAAGGUUCUGAACAUGCGGAUGCAGAGCAUGCGGGUGCCGGAGGUGGCGGCAGUGAUGUCAAUCUAUCAAGUAUGCAGACGAACUUGGUUCAUCGGCAGGGGUUUAUCGAGAUGUCGCGAACUCUUCGACAGGCCUUGGCGCGAUCGGCUGUACGAUCUUUGCUAGGUGGUGACCACUAUAGACAGGGAGAUCAUCACGAUGAUGAUCGUGGAGUACAAGACGACCAAAACGGUACUAGUGCAAUUCAAGAUGCGCAAGAUCAAUCUUCGCUACCACUUCUCAAAACGGACAAUAGGGCUAUUUUCUGGGAACUGAGGGAUCCACCUCGCAAUAAAGUAGAUCGUCCUUCCGGUGGCAAUCAGAGUUUGACGAGUACUUCUAGGAACGAGGCUGAAUUACAACAAGGAGGAAAUGAAAAUGGAGAAGAGCAGCUAAACUUGAAUUCAACUGCUGCUCAAGAAGAACCGGACAACAGCGAUGAUUUGAACACCCCUAGCAUCAGUGAAACCCUAAACCACCUUGAUGGAGGAUCUCCCUCGUCAUCCAACAUGGCGUCUCAUCAUUAUCCAGCUGCUGUUUUCCUGAUGAUCUUGCUUAAAUUAAGGCUACAAGGAGGAAAACAACUCCACGGGCAUUUCGUUCCCGUUUUCAAAGGAAAAAGGGGGCCUCAGAAGCUGCUGAACAUGGAUUCCCCUCAGUAGUUCUAAUGAAAGCCUUCCGUCGAGAGCGUGCUUCAGCCGUGACGGUGCUAUCCGAUUCGCCGCUCUUUCGUAGUUUGAGCAAGAAUCAGUUGGAAGAAAUCGUUAGCUUUUCAGAGGUAGUAAAUUUGGAAAAGCGCGGAAACGAGGAGAAAGAACAACUUGACCAAAAAGAGAAACCAGGUGACGCUCAUGAUCAGAGGACAGUGUUUCAUCUGCAAGAUGAUCUUACUCUUACCACGUUGUUGCAGGAACAAGGUGAAAAUUUGAAUCAUCAGCUCCGUGCAGAAAACAUCACACAAAGACCCUCUACCUCAACAUUUGUCGUCCUAGCUGGAGAAGUGGAAGUGCUGAAAGUGGAGUCUGGAUGCGGAACACAAGAAGGAGCCACCACUGCCGCAGCAAAUGAACAGCAGUCAUCAUCCGAAACCUUGCGUGUGGGUGGAUACUUGAAUGAGUUGCCGCUUCUCUUACCGCUUGACACCCGCAUUGACGUUAUUCCCGCAGACCAAUCCUACACGUCCGCCGUUGCCGUGAAGCUCGAAUCCGAGACGGCUACUCUGUUGCGAAUCCCGACAGCAAAAUUUGUUUCCCGAUUAGGUACCUUGCAUCAGGCGCUGAGCGGUGAAAUCAGAGGUGGUGGUGGUGGUGAUGAUCGGGAAGGAUGAAAACAAAAAGAAAAGUCAUGAUAGUGCAGACUCAGUAAGAGUAUUGCAGCAGUCUUUGAAGCGGCAAAGUUUGUCGUUAUAGUGAUGCAAAAAACGUUUCAGUUUAUGAAUUUUCGGAAAAAUAACAAGAAGAGGCGGAGUAGAAACUGGUAUAAGUUGCUUGACAGUUCUUGUAUAAUCAUCCUGCUGCCCGGGCGUGUAGUCGAAG